AUGACUUUGAUGGACUUGGAAGAUUACCGUAGAAGUAAUAAAAAUGUAAAUUCGAAUGAAGGUGAAAAGCCUCCUGCUGAUAAUGAAGUUAGAAUUAGUCAUAGCAAAAUUCCUGUUUACUUGGAUGCUUGUCUAAAACUAUUACAGGAAGAACAUAAGAAUCAUAUUAUUGUAGUUGGUAAAGGUGUAAAUGUAAAUAAGGCAGUAACUGUAGUUGAGAUGGUCAAAAGAAAGAUGCAAGGAACUUUACAUCAAUAUACCCAAAUAGGAAGCGUUUCCCUAGUGGAACAAUGGGAUCCUGUUAAUAAUAAGGACUUGGAUAGUAUUCAAGUUAACAAAAAAGUUCCUGUUAUUAUCAUAUACUUAUCUUUGAAUGAAAUGCCUGAGUUGGAAGCAGCAUCAGGCUAUCAAGCGCCUACAGGUCCUGACAUUUUUGAUUAA